GCACCACUAAACAGGAGCUUUGCCUGUGCAGCUGUGCAGGUAGCGUGUGUUAUUAAAUCUAUCCGUAAAUAUGCAAAAAUGGUAUUUUUCCUGUAUUGAAUUUCAAGCGCAAGGGCAAGCUUGGGCGCCUACGGCAUCGUGGAAUAUAAGCAUGGAUCUUGAAACAGAAGAGGCGAGUGGCGAUCGGACAGAGGAAGGACUAUCGGAGACUAUUGAAGGCAACAUUGAAUAUUCUAGUCGAGGGGUGGCAGAUAACGAAUCCGAUUCAAGUGACGGUGAGACCGGGAAGAUUGGCAUUGACGAACUCCCGCGAACAGGUAUCGCUAAACUCGCAAAACAAAUGUUUGAGAGUCAAGCUCCUUACGAGAUCGAGACCGAGAAGACCCCGGACCUCAUGAUGGUGUCAGAGGGGCUCACCCGUGAAGGAAAAGAGAGGUUUGAGAAGGGCGAGGCCUACACACCGGCGCACAGGGUGCAUAGGGAGCUGGAAGACCUGCCCGAGAAAGGCACAGCGUCCAGUGCGCGCGCAGCUUUCGUCAGCUCCACAACGCGUCAGGAAUUCACACAUCACAUGGACGACGAUCUGCCGGACAUACAGGGUGGUGUUGCAGCUGUGGUUAGAGGUAAAUUCGAGUCUGGGCAAGCUUCCAAUGUCGAGGUCGCUCGAGAGGGUGACGAGGAGGAUUAUAGACCUGCCAAGGGGACUGCGCUAUCCACACGCGCCAAGUUUGAGCAGGGAGAGGUAUACAAUGCCAGUACGUACAGAAGAGAAGAAGAUGAGGCUUUCCCAGAGAAAGGUUUGGCCAGCAAGACCAAGCAGAUGUUUUUGUCAGGCGCUGCUAGUAAUACCAUGGUCUCCGAGGAAGAGGUAGAUGAUCCGAAACCUGAAAUCGGCACCGCUUCUAAGAUUAAGUCUAUGUUUGAGAAAGGCGAGAUACCCAAAGCAGAGGCGGUCCACGUAGGGGAGGUAGAUGAACUGGAGGAAGUAGUCUCCACGGGAAUCGCCGUUCAGUUGCGAACACAAUUCCAAAAAGGGGAUAUAUCAAACGCUGAGAAGAGAGAAAAAAGACUCAGCUAUAACCCCGAGAAAGGUACAAUUAACGAAACAAGAUCGAUCUUCAAAGAUCCACCGCAUUUGCCAGUACAAAAAGAGCAAAAUGACGUGGAUAAUCUCCCAUCGAAGGGAGUGACGCAUGAUUACCGCUGGAAGUUUGAGACAGGGACGGUGACUAACGCCGAAGGGUCUGUGGUCGAUAGGGAUGAGGCGCUACCAACAACAGGGACAGCUCGCGCCCAGAUGGCGGCGUUCCAGGCCGCAGCUGAAAGGACGGAAUAUCAAAAGACUUGUAACAUAGAGGAGGAGAUGCAGAUGUACAAAACUGCGAAAGGGCAAGAACCAGACGACGAAGUAGAUAAUUGGGAAUACAAGCAAACUCGUAUUGCCGCAGACGAGCUUCCUGCGAGGGGUGUUGCAGCACAGACUAGGGCGAUGAUAGAAAGUGGGUCAUACGAGACCCAUAUGCAUCGUACUUUAGAUGACGAGGAGUUAGUAGUAACACCAGGAUCUGCAAGGGCUCAGCGCGAGCAGAUUGAACGAGGCGAAUACAUCAGCAAGCCCAAGAGGCUCAUUGACGAAGAGGAACUACCUGCAGGUGUUGCAAAGGAACAUUUGACUCAUUUUGAAAGAGGCGAUUAUAUACAGGCACCGAAAAAAGUCAUCGAUGAAGAGGACUUUCAAGCGGUUUCAGGUUUGGCUAAGGAACACUUGACGCAUUUUGAGCGAGGUGACCACAUUCAUGCACCAAAGAAAGCAAUCGAGGAUGAGAACCUUAAUUUUACUCCAGGAAUAGCGAGAGAACAACAAGGUCAUUUCGAGCGGGGUGACUAUAUUCAAGCUCCCAAAAAGGCGAUAGAUGAAGAAGAUCUAAGUUUCUCGCAAGGCUUAGCUCGAGAGCAACAGCAACAAUUUGAACGGGAGGCCUACGUCCAAGCCCCUAAGAAAACAAUCGAUGAGGAAGACCUGAAUUUCUCUAAAGGCUUGGCUCGAGAACAACAGCAGCACUUUGAACGCGGGGAAUACGAAGCUUCACCGCUGAAGAAAACAAUCGACGAGGAGGAACUGAGCUUUCCAACAGGUAAAGCGCGGGAACAAGUGGCGCAUUUUAACCGUGGGGGGGAUACACAUACUCCAAGAAAGACAAUAGAGGAGGAAGAGCUUAAUGUUACCCCAGGCCUUACGCAUGUAACGCGGGCACAAUUUGAGCGAGGAAGCCUGGAACGAAAGCCCAAAAAGCUGAUUGAGGAGGAAGAGCUCCCUACGUUCCGGGGGCUGGCGAUGGAGCAGAAGCGCAGGUUUGACGCUGGUCAAGUAAGCGCACCAACACGUCGUCUAGUAGAUGAAGAGGAGCUCUCCCAGAUUCGAGGGGUGACGCGCAUGCAGUCCAGCCGGAUCGAGAGGGGGGAACUACAACAUGCCCCAAGCAGGAUAAUCGACGACGAGGAAAUCGUGGUCGCACCAGGUGCCGCGCAGCGACAGAAAUGGCUGAUUGAGCAGGGAGCGUACACGAGGGAAGUACCCAAGUACAUCGACCAGGAGGACUUUUCAAGCUCAAAGACAGCAAGAGGGGAGGACCCCUUAGCACCACCUGAAGUUCAUGCGCCAGUGCAUUCAGGAAGAGCACACAGCGAGUCCGCACCCGCGCAGUAUGUUAAUGGAGACACAAACAACAACCCUCCGAAAAAGACUGCUAAAGCCACCAUGUCAAUCAAAAUAGCCAGUAGAAAAACAUCACACUAGAAGGAAGGAGAGACAAGUCCGCGCGGGGGCCUGGAACCAGUCAUGGAGUGGUCAUGUCCUACCAAUGAAAGAUGUCGCACCGUCUGGUUUAGUUUAUGCACGUUAGCCCCGGGCUCGCCAAAAUAACCGUAAUUGUUUGCCCAGCUUUGCUGACAUUCCGAUGAAUUGCCUUAUACUCCUUAAAAUUUGUAUACUAAAUAUCUGAAAAUAGGAUGUCGGGACCCUAUCGGCCUACCCCUAGAUCUUCCCAUGUCUUUUGUUUGAGGUCAACUGAGCGCAACCGUACCAGCAAUGGCUGACGUUGGCACUGUUUGCCCGGGGCUUUAGAAUAGAUGUAUGUAGAUUCUAUUCGUGGACUGGGAUAUUCGCAGUUACACAUAAACCAGUGGAAUUCCAUUUGGCUUUACGCUAAGCUCGCACGUUCAGAGUCCUAUGAGAGCUCGACUUGGAACAAGUCUGCGGUUAACGUUGAGCUCUCUUUUAUAAUAGUGAACAAAUCCCCUCUCUUGAACACGGCACAAAUGUAAAAACAACAAUUAGAAUAGGGAGGAAUCAUUAAUGACUUUACGCCAUAGUUAUGUUUUAUGACAAAAGGAAAAGUAUCAGAAUCAAAUGUUUUUUUUUUGGUCUUUUCUGUAUGAAAGUCAAAUCAAGAGGAACUUUUUUUGUUAAAAAUGACGCGCACAGACUAUUUGUUACUUGACUUCUGAAGGUUUUCAAGACAGGCAUUACAUAUAUAAGACAGAACAACUACCUGUUUCCAUUGCAACUCUAGGGUGUAGAUGGUGUAGCUCCGUGUCUGAGUCCAUUUUAAUGUGGCACAUAUGCAGACGCCUAUAAAUUACAACUAUAGUCAUUUUUUAUGACUUGUGAUUUUUCCACUGAUAUGGCUGUAGCCUAGAGUUCUCAAUACGCGAUCCCAUACUUGAGGUCCCAUUGGUUUAAAGCUCAAGUUGAAGCAAUGGAAUAUCUGCUAUUUUUCACGUCGUGAAAUAAAAAUUCGCUUGAUAGCAAAUAAAGGAUAAGAAUAUAA